AUGUCUGCAGAGUCCAUAAGCGAAUUGCCUCUUCACUAUGGUGAAGUGCACAAAGAUGGAAGUCGAACUGAACGCCCAUCAGAAGAUCAACCUGGCGAGCGUCCAACACAAGGUGAACCAUCAUCCUUGGUACGAAGGGCUUCUCAGCCUACCACAGUGAACCGUCCAGCGCUGGGGAUACCUGACCAGGAUAUUCCGACCAGGCCCUCUAGGGACGAAGCUCGUACCACUGCUGGCCUCAGUCAGGGCCGGCCUAUCAUUCAGCACUAUGGUGGCAGCCUCGAUGCCGGAAGGCCUCCGUAUGGCCGCAAUGAGUAUAGACGCAGUCUCCGUCCACGCAGGAGAUAUGAUGAUUACGAGCGCUACAGCGACUAUGAAGAGGAAUACGAAGAACCAUAUCGGCCCCGGCGUAUCCAACAACGUGCCUACUUUCCUGGAGGGGAAGAGCAUGCACCUCGCCGUCGACCAUCGCGUGCAUCUCGCCAAGGGACUGCGUAUUCCCAUGACCCUCGAAGAAUGAGCCUGGACGAGUACGACGAAGAGCCAUAUCCGCCUAAGAGGUAUCCGUCGGAGAAAAAGCCCGUCGCUACGCACAAUACAUACGCAGAACAAACAAGAGACGAAUGGGAUGUAGAUGAAGAAGAGCAAGGCAUCAAUCCAAGAAAUGGAUCUCCCGGUCGCCAUUUGAGAUUCCAGGAUCUUACACGUGAGGAAAAGAAAGAGAUCAUGCGACUUCCCUGGACUCAAUGGAUGGACAGCAAUGUCAAAAAUCACUUCAUUGCUUCCCUCGGUGAAUUCGUUGGGACCCUUCUCUUUCUUUUUUUCGCAUUUGCGGGGACUCAGGUUGCGAAUAUCCCAUCUGGAAAUUCCGCAGACAAUUCAACGUCUGGAGGCGCAACAGGCUUCUCUGCCAUCGUUCUCCUCUACAUUGCUAUCGUCUUCGGCUUCUCGCUUAUGGUUAACGUCUGGGUCUUCUUUCGUAUAUCGGGUGGUCUCUUCAACCCUGCUGUAGGUUGGCCCUGCUACCCUGAAUUUUGUCAGUCACUGAUCCUAUCUGCGUACAAGGUUACUUUAGCAAUGUGGAUGACUUCAGCGAUCCCGGCAGCUCGUGCCGUUUGCCUAGUGGCCGCACAAGUGGCCGGCAGUAUUGCGGCAUCUGCACUUGUACUUGUUCUAUUUCCCACUCCUCUCAAUGUUCGAACCACUCUUGCUGGUGGCACCUCGCUCGUUCAGGGUGUCUUUAUCGAGGCUCUCCUCACCGCAGAGCUUGUCUUCACAAUUCUCAUGCUCGCGAAGGAGAAACACAAAGCUACUUUCAUCGCACCAGUCGGCAUUGGCUUGGCUCUCUUUAUCGCUGAACUGGUUGGUGUCUUCUACACUGGAGGGAGUCUCAAUCCUGCGCGAAGUUUGGGCCCAUGCGUCGUCUCCCGCCGCUUCGACCGUGAGCAUUGGAUUUACUGGGUAGGGCCUGGUAUCGGAUCAUUAAUGGCUGUCCUCUUCUACAAGUUCAUUAAGAUGCUGGAGUACGAAGUCGCUAAUCCCGGACAAGACGCUGAAGAUGCCCGGGAAGCAGCACUCGCCGCUCAAGAAAAGAGACCGACGGGAACGACUACUAUUGGCGCUGCUAUCUAA